AUGUCGACAUCAGACUCAAUUGGUCAAGGCUCAAUCCCAAACCUAGCUUCAAAAUACAGUGGUGUACCGACCAGACUUACUCCAGAGGCUGUCGCCGCGAAGGCGAGGCUGUACUCUCAAAAGACGCUUCCCGACAGCGUUGCGAGAAGAAGGACAGCUUUGCCGCCAGGAAUUGGGAGAGAGAGUUUUGACCAGGCAAUAAAAGAACUCAAGGCUGUUCUGGGAGAUGACAGUGUCGAGCUCAAUGACAAGCCGCUUGUUGAUGGAUGGUACAUGGAACAUCCAAAUACGCAUGAUGCGUAUCAUAUUGCGGACCAGGAGGAGCUGAUUUGUAGCGCUGUGGUUUAUCCCGCCAGCACGCCUGAGGUGCAAACGGUGGUAAGAUGGGCCAACAAGCACAAGAUCCCCAUCUACCCAAUAUCGAUGGGUCGAAAUAUCGGUUAUGGAGGAGCUGCACCUCGGAUUCCGGGCUCAAUUGUCGUCGAUUUGGGCCGACGGAUGAAUCAAAUCUUGAAUAUCGACGCCGACAAUGCUUCAUGCAUCGUUGAACCGGGAGUUUCGUAUUUUGCAUUGUACGAAGAGAUCCAAAAGAGAGGUUUGCCGUUAUGGAUCGACUGUCCUGAUCUGGGUGGUGGCAGUGUCCUUGGGAAUGCCAUUGACCGUGGUGUCGGGUACACUCCAUACGGUGACCACUUUGCGAAUCAUUGCGGUAUGGAACUGGUGCUUCCGACCGGUGAAUUGUUGCGGACCGGCAUGGGAGCAAUGCCAGGCAAAGACGGAGCUGACAACCCAACCUGGCAGUCUUUCCAGGCGGCCUAUGGGCCCUAUGUGGAUGGUAUUUUCAGUCAAAGUAACUAUGGAAUCGUCACCAAGAUGGGAUUUUGGCUGAUGCCCGAAACCGGCCAUCAAUCGUACAUGAUCACCUUCCCGAGGGAAGACGAUUUCGAACAAAUUGUCGAGAUCAUUAGGCCGUUGGCACAGAAGAGGAUCUUGGGAAAUAUCCCCCAGCUGAGACAUGUGAUUCAAGAACUGGCCGUGACUGGGAAACCACGAUCUUUCUGGUACGACGGCAACGGCCAGAUGCCGCGAGAAGUGAUUCGGGAGAAAGCCUCCAAGUUACCCUGUGGAGACGUCUCGUGGGUGUUUUACGGAACUCAAUAUGGCGAUCUAGCUUCUAUCCAUUCACAGCUGGAACUCAUCAAGUCGGCAUUCGGCAAGAUCAAGGGCAGCCAGUUCAUACUUCCCUCCGACGUCCCACCAGAUCAUUACCUUCAUUCCCGAGUCCACGUCUGCAGUGGCGUGCCGGUUCUGCGAGAACUCGAUUGGUUGAACUGGGUCCCCAAUGCAGCUCACCUGUUCUUCUCCCCCAUUUCGCCUACCAAGGGCAAGGACGCCAGCAUCAUCCACAGCACCAUAACCGAGUUACACGCUAAAUGGGGCUUCGAUGUGUUUCCCACCAUGUGUGUCGCCGGCCGAGAGAUGCACUACAUUGCCAACAUCGUCUACGACCGAUCCGACGCCGAUGCCAAACAGCGAGCAACGGGACUCAUGCGCGACAUGAUUCGAGCAGCUGCGAAAGAAGGCUACGGGGAAUAUCGGACGCACCUGCUCUUUGCAGACCAGGUGUCCGAGACGUAUAGCUGGAACAAUGGCGCGUUGAGGAGAUUCAACGAGACGAUUAAGGAUACCUUGGAUCCGAAUAGUAUACUAGCACCAGGGCGAAAUGGGAUUUGGGGCCAACGGUUCCGGGACAAGGGAUGGGAGAUUUUAGAUGGGGACAAGAGGAAUAUGCUCGAUGAUGGAGUGAGCCCGAAGCUCUAG